GGAGCAGAGAACUCGGAGGAUCGCCGGAGCAGAGCAGCACCGAGGACAGCUCCCGUCUUCGUCCGCCUCGGCCCAGGCGCUCCGCACCGACACACACUCGCACCCUCGCACCCGCAGACACACGCCUCGCUGUACAAUGGCAGAAUCCCACCUUCAGUCAUCCCUGAUCACAGCCAAACAGUUUUUCGAGAUCUGGCUUCAUUUCGACUCUGACGGAAGUGGUUACCUGGAAGGAAAGGAGCUGCAGAACUUGAUCCAGGAGCUGCUGCAGGCGCGAAAGAAGGCUGGAUUGGAGUUAUCAACUGAGAUGAAAACUUUUGUGGAUCAGUAUGGGCAGAGAGAAGAUGGAAAAAUAGGAAUUGUAGAGUUGGCUCAUGUAUUACCCACAGAAGAGAAUUUUCUGCUGCUCUUCCGAUGCCAGCAACUGAAGUCCUGUGAGGAAUUCAUGAAGACAUGGAGAAAAUAUGAUACUGAUCACAGUGGCUUCAUAGAAACUGAAGAGCUUAAGAACUUUCUGAAGGACCUGCUAGAAAAAGCAAACAAGACUGUUGAUGACACAAAGCUAGCCGAGUAUACAGACCUAAUGCUGAAACUGUUUGACUCAAACAAUGAUGGGAAGCUGGAACUGACUGAGAUGGCCAGGUUACUACCAGUGCAAGAGAAUUUUCUUCUUAAAUUUCAGGGAAUUAAAAUGUGUGGGAAAGAAUUCAAUAAGGCUUUUGAGUUAUAUGAUCAGGAUGGCAAUGGAUACAUAGAUGAAAAUGAACUGGAUGCUUUACUGAAAGAUCUGUGUGAGAAGAAUAAACAGGAUCUGGAUAUUAAUAAUAUUCCAACAUACAAGAAAAGCAUAAUGGCUUUGUCGGAUGGAGGAAAGCUGUAUCGAACAGAUCUGGCCCUUAUUCUCUCUGCUGGGGACAACUAGAGUUGGGGCUACAACCACUUGCUAGUGAUACAUUGUAUCUAAAAAAAUAACUGUGCACUAUAAAGGAGUAGGCUGUAUUUUCUUUUAUAUCUGUAAAUUUUACUGCCUAUAGACAAUUAUCCAGGAUGUGUGGCACAUUCUUUUCUGCUUGUUUCUAUACUGUUUGUAAUGUACAGUUUUUGUAACUAUAUGAUUGAAAAGGAGAAAGUCUAUAUUUAGGUCAGUCAGUAUACGCAAUUAAAAAUAACCUAAAAUAUUCUUGCUUUUAUAAAUACAAUUGGCCAUGAAGAUGCCCCUGAAAAUUUUAACCAAGAUUAAUCUCUAAAAUUCUAAUCUCUGAUAUACAAAUGCACAUUUAUCACUGAAUAAGAGAACUAUAUAUGACAAGCCAACCAUUCCUUUUUUUUGAUACUGGGGAUCAAACUCGGGACCUUGCGCUUGCAAGGCAGGUGGCAGAACCACUGAGCUAAAUCCCCGGCCCCAAACCAUUCUUAUCUGAAACAAUCAUGGGACUGUCCCACAAAGUACUAAUAUGUUUCCAAAUACUAGGAGAAAUGUAAAUUUCUCAUCUAAAAUAGUCACCAAAAUACCAAUAAAGUUGAAUUGUGGCUUUAUGUAGUUAACAGUCUCACUAGAUUUAGUUUAUUAAUCAACAACAUGUCUACUGCUUGAAUCCAUACCAAACUAUGACUCAAGUUGAUAUGACAAGGGAAAGUAGCAGCAGGUGACACAGAUCUGAUUCUAAGUCUGUUUCUAACAAGUCUACUGUCAGAGUAUGACUUUAAUCCAUUUUCUAUUUUCAUGUGUUUCAGAUUAUAAUUAUUCUGGUAACUGCUGUUUUAUGUCGUAUUGUGUGUAAGCUCUGAUUAAAUUUAAUAUGCUAACUAUCCUGGUGUCUAGUUUGCAUACUUCCUGGAUUUUUCUUUCUAUGUAGAAUUGUUCAUUUCACCAAGGGUAUCUGCUGCCUCUGAAAAUAUUUUUUUCUAGCUAUAACAACUCUAUUUUUUACUACGUAAUUGAAUUUUAAUGUAAAAUUCAUAGCAUCCUGAUUACUGAAUGUUAUCUCAUCAAUACUUUUGUGUAUUCUGUGGAUUCUACAUUUCAUAUUGAGAUCAGCAUUCAAAAUAGUUCUAUUUCUAUCUACAAAUAGUUUCAAAUGAGUUAAAAAUAGCAUCUGAAAAGAAAUGCUACUUUAAUCAUUUAUCUUAUCUAGCAAAGGAGAUUCCAAAACAUUCUUUGGCCCACAUCUAAGUCACAGUUUCACAUAUUGUAGCUAGAAUAUCCUAUACUGGUUAUAGUUGACAUGUAAUGGAUGGUGAUUUUAUAUUCUCUAUGGAGCAAAGAGUAAUGAGAGAAAUGUCUGUGUGGAAUUUAUGAAAUUACCAUUUAAAAGUUAAUGAUGGUUCUGGGUCAGCUUGAAUGUUCCAAUUCAACAUUUAUUUUUUCAAUUCCUAAAACUAACAAAAAAAUGUGAGCUAUCUCUUUCCCUUAAGAAUAAACAGAAAAAAGAUCUACCAAAAAAUAAAAUUUAUCAACUGA